CCCUCCCCUCCUGUCCGUCAUGUCGUCCACCACCGCCGCAGCCGGCUCAAAGGGCCGCGUCCUCCUCGCCUACUCGGGCGGGCUCGACACGUCGUGCAUCCUCGCCUGGCUCAUCGACGAGGGCUACGAGGUCAUCGCCUUCAUGGCCGACGUCGGCCAGGAGGAGGACUUUGAGGCCGCCCGUGUCAAGGCCAACAAGAUCGGCGCCGCCAAGUUUGUCCUCGCAGACUGCCGCAAGGAGUUUGUCGAGCACUUGAUCUACCCCUCGGUGCAGGCCAACUGCAUCUACGAGGGCGUCUACCUCCUCGGCACCUCGCUCGCGCGCCCCGUCAUCGCGCGCGCCAUGAUGGACGUCGUCGUCGAGGAGGACUGCCAGUUUGUGUCGCACGGCUGCACGGGCAAGGGCAACGACCAGGUCCGGUUCGAGCUCGCCUUCUACGCCCUCCAGCCCGACAUCAAGGUCAUCGCCCCGUGGCGCGACCCGGUCUUCUACGAGCGCUUUGCCGGCCGCCAGGCCCUGCUCGACUUUGCGGCCGACAAGGGCAUCCCGGUCUUCCAGACGGCGGCCAAGCCGUGGUCGACCGACGAGAACCUGUUCCACAUCUCGUACGAGGCCGGCAUCCUCGAGGACCCGGACACGACCCCGCCCGCCGACAUGUGGAAGCUCAUCAACGGCCUCGACAAGUGCCCGACCACGCCCGAGCGCAUCUCGAUCACGUUCAAGAAGGGCAUCCCCGUCUCGCUCGUCAUCCACCCGGACGGCACCGACGCCGUCCCGUCCAAGGCCGGCAAGGAGGUGACGGACCCGGUCGACAUCUUCCUGACGCUCAACGCGCUCGCGCGCAAGCACGGCAUCGGCCGCAUCGACAUUGUCGAGAACCGCUUCAUCGGCGUCAAGAGCCGCGGGUGCUACGAGUCGCCCGGUGCGACCAUCCUCCGCAAGGCCCACAUGGACCUCGAGGGCCUCGUCGUCGACCGCAACGUGCGCGCGCUCCGCGAUGGCUUUGUCACGACCGAGCUCAGCAAGAUCCUGUACAACGGCUACUGGUUCUCGCCCGAGCGCGAGUUUGUCCAGUCGUGCCUCGCCAAGUCGCAGGAGACGGUCAACGGCCGGGUGCGCCUCGCCCUCAUCAUGGGCAACGUCAUCGUCGAGGGCCGCAUGAGCGAGACCGAGGCCCUGUACGACGCCGAGCAGGUCUCGAUGGACUCGGUCACCAACUUUGACCCGAGCGCGACGACUGGCUUCAUCGCGAUCGAGUCGAUCCGCCUGCGCAAGUGGGGCGAGGCCCGCCUCGCCAACGGCGGCACCGUCAAGCCCGAGUCGGUCUACGCUGCCCCGACUGAGCUCUGAGCGGCUCCUUCCUCCCCCUCCCUCCCUCCCUCUCUCCCUCCUCUCUGGUAGAUUCCGU